AGAAAGGAGGCGUGGUUAUUAGCCAAGAUGGCGGUGGUGAUGUCGGCGGCCAAGAUCUGGAGGCCGAGCCGUGGCCUGGGCCAGACUGCCCUCCUGCUGUUGGGGAGAUCUGGGGUUCGCGGUUUGGCUAGAUCCCAACCCAGGAGGCAGCAGCAACAGCAGUUCCCAUCCUUGGACGACAAGCCCCAGUUCCCAGGGGCCUCUGCAGAGUUUGUAGACAAGCUUGAGUUCAUCCAGCCCAAUGUCAUCUCCGGCAUCCCCAUCUACCGUGUUAUGGACCGCCAGGGCCAGAUCAUCAACCCCAGUGAAGAUCCCCACCUGCCCCAGGAGGAGGUACUGAAGUUAUACAGGAGCAUGACGCUGCUGAACACCAUGGACCGCAUUCUCUAUGAGUCCCAGCGGCAGGGCCGGAUCUCCUUCUAUAUGACCAACUAUGGUGAGGAGGGGACACAUGUGGGGAGUGCCGCUGCCCUGGAGCACACGGACCUGGUGUUUGGCCAGUAUCGGGAGGCAGGUGUGCUCAUGUACCGGGACUACCCGCUGGAGCUGUUCAUGGCCCAGUGCUACGGCAAUGUGAAUGACCCAGGCAAGGGACGCCAGAUGCCUGUUCACUACGGCUGCAAGGAGCGUCACUUCGUCACCAUUUCCUCUCCACUGGCCACACAGAUCCCUCAGGCGGUAGGAGCAGCCUAUGCAGCCAAGCGGGCCAAUGCCAACCGGAUUGUGAUCUGUUACUUUGGUGAGGGGGCAGCCAGUGAAGGGGAUGCCCACGCCGGUUUCAAUUUUGCUGCCACCCUGGAGUGUCCCAUCAUCUUCUUCUGCCGGAACAAUGGCUAUGCCAUCUCCACCCCAACCUCUGAGCAGUACCGUGGAGAUGGCAUAGCGGCUCGGGGCCCUGGGUAUGGCAUCAUGUCAAUCCGUGUGGACGGCAACGAUGUGUUUGCGGUGUACAAUGCCACCAAGGAGGCCCGACGGCGGGCUGUGGCUGAGAAUCAGCCCUUCCUCAUUGAGGCCAUGACCUACAGGAUUGGGCACCACAGCACCAGUGAUGACAGCUCGGCGUACCGUUCAGUGGAUGAGGUCAAUUACUGGGACAAGCAGGACCACCCAAUCUCGAGGCUGAGGCAGUACCUGCUGAACCGGGGCUGGUGGGAUGAGGAGCAGGAGAAGGCCUGGCGGAAGCAGUCCCGAAAGAAGGUUAUGGAGGCCUUUGAGCAGGCUGAGCGGAAACUAAAGCCGAACCCAAGCCACCUCUUCUCCGAUGUGUACCAGGAGAUGCCAGCCCAGCUCCGCAGACAGCAGGAGUCACUGGCACGUCACCUGCAGACUUAUGGGGAGCACUAUCCCCUGGACCACUUUGACAAGAGUCCCAGCUUCCCGGGGAAACUCCUUUUUACCUUCUUGGAAGCCUACCUACCUCCUCCAGUAACCCCACCCCAGGGCCUGGGGCCCCAGGUACCUCUGGGUCCAGCUUCCGCCAGCUCUGGGGGUCCUUGGGUCAAGCCCUGCCCGGACUCCCUCCUCGCAGCUGUGCGUCCUCAGGCUGCCGGCCCAGCCCGCGCUGCGAGUCUGGAGGGGCGGGCGGGAGAGGAGGAGGCGGGAGGGCCCCUGGGGCCAGGAGGAGCCGGGGCGGGGCCGGGAAGGGGAGGCAGACAGGGAGACGCGCCCUGGCGAGUUAGGGCUGGUUUUCUGGUGAGACAGCGGGAAAGGUUUAGGGGUGGCCAAAGCCGCGGACCUGCGAACGGAGUUCCCAAGGAGCAAAGAGAAGGGAGGCCAAGGGAAUAGCUCGAGGCCACCGCCUGAAAGCGUCGUGACUGUGCUGCGAGCGGGGUGGGGUCGAGGUGUGUGGUGUUUGCAGGGGCCGCGAGUGGGUGGAGGGAUCGGGAUCGAGGAGAAAAAAAAAACUUGGGAGACCUUGGCAAGUAACUAGAAGAGUAGAGAAAGGGGGAGGCAAGAGAAAGACGCACAGGUGGAAGAGGUCAGAACAAAGCCUAACCAGGGAAUGGGAGGAGGAGGACCUAGAGAGGAAAGGAAGGACCAGGGAGAGCGGGGAGGUAGAAGGGGGGGGCACUCGAGCACAAUAGAAGGCGAUGAAGUGAGGUGCACCGAGAGCCCCCAGCACCUCCUCCAACUUGUGCACGAGCCACCAGUCUUUCCUACCAUCUCCAUCCAGUUGGGAGGGAGGGCCCGCCCUAUGAUGCUCUGGGCUUUAUGCCCCACCCCUGGGGCAGGAGGGUGUCUGACUGUGUUUACAUCCCAGCCCUAGGGCCUCUGCUGCAGAGUCUUUGCCAGCAGUCUAGGGAGGCCAAACAGGUAGGGCCUUCCCAUAUUUCCAGGGACCUAGGUUGGGAGGAAGCCCGCUCCCCACUCCCCCACCCCCAAAGCCCCAGUUGACCCUUUGUGGCCUACCUGGUUUGGAGGACAGUCCAGAUAUAAAAGGAACUCAGUGUACCAGCGCCCAGAGUCUGUUAUCUUUCCAGCCCUGGUUUCCUCCCUCCAAGUUUGAAUAAUGGAGCCCGUGGGAACAGAUGGAGGAAGAGAGUGGGGAGGAAAUGGUGAAUGUUAAUGGAAUAAGUACGAGCUAAGCUGAGGAAGGUAGCCAAGGGCCAGGCCGGGCCAAGCCCAGCCUAGCCUAGGGCCUUGGAGAGGCCUCUGAGCGCUACUGGCUCAUCUCCCUCAGGGCGCUGAAGGCUCUGUGACUGAUACCCACCUCCUGGGGCCUUACAGUCUCCCAGGAAGCCGGGCUGGUGUGCAGCCUGUGUCCAACCAGAAGCUGCCAUACAAGUGCUGGAACCAGGAGGGCUCAAUAGAAAACUGUGAUGUACAAGAACAUGGGACCGAGUAAUGAAGGGUCAGAGGUUGAAGAGUGCUUUGGGGAGACUAUAGUUUGGGGCAUUUUCAUCAUCUGGUCCCAUGUCAGACCAGGGCAUUUAUAGUUUCUUGGCUUUAUUAACUGCAGGGUAUUGUUGGUCCAUGUUCCAGUACUGAUGAGUAUCAGUAGCCUUGUGCAUGCUACCACCGAGUUAAGCUAUAUCUUGUUCUGAUCAGCUAGAGCCGAGCAGGCCCUUCUGGGUUUGACACUAGGUUUUAUAGAUUUGUUAGCAAUAGAGAACACUCUUGAGUAUGUAUGUAUACAUUCAUGUAUGCAUGCAUAUAUGUAUUUGAGAUGGGAUUUCACACUUGGGAGCUCUGGCUGUCCUGGAACUUGCUGUGUAGACAGAUCUGAGUGCUUUCUGGAAUCUGAAGAAUAGGACAUAUGGGGCUGGAGAGAUGGCUCAGUGGUUAAGAGCAAUUGUUGCUCUUGCAGAGGACCUAGGUUUGAUUCCCAGAACCCACAGCUCAUAACCAC